CCGGGUCCACCUGGAUACGGUCCCAGGUCCGGUUCCAGGUUCCAGGUUCCAGGUUCCAGGUUGCAGGUCCAGGAGGCGGACAGGAGCAGGUUUUUACGCGCAGCGCGGAAGACGCGAGGAGAGCGAGGAGGAGGACAGGAUGAACCUCAACACUCAUCUGGUGUUCACCCUCUACGCCGUGUACGGGAUCCUUCUCAAAGUGAUGGCUUCAAAAGGCAAAGUCCGAGGUGCCAGCGGUCAGUAUCCUCUGGUUACAAACGUGACAGUGACGGAGAGCGGGACGGCGAACCUGACCUGCCGUGUGGAGUAUAAUGACAACAUCCUCCAGUGGUCGAAUCCAGCACAGCAGACACUCUUUUUUGGGGACAAGAAAGCAUUACGGGACAACAGGAUUGAGCUUGUGCACGCGUCGUGGUCGGAGUUAACCAUCAGCAUCACUGACGUCCAGCUGAUGGACGAAGGCAUGUACACCUGCUCUCUCUUCACCAUGCCGGUCAGAACGGCCAAGGCCUACCUAACCGUCCUAGGCGUGCCGGAGAAGCCGGAGAUCAACGGCCUGACGAAGCCCGCCGUGGAGGGAGACAGCAUCACUCUGACCUGCAUCACCCAGGGCAGCAAGCCGGCCGCUGACCUGCGCUGGUACCGCAACGAGAAGGAGAUCAAAGGCGCCAAAGAGGUGAACGCGAGUGGGAAGACGUUUACGGUACAGAGCUCCCUCCAGCUGCACGUGGACAGAAACGACGACGGAGUGGCCUACACCUGCAAAGUGGACCAUGUAGCGCUAACGCAGACGCCGCAGCAGGCCACGGAAGUCCUGGAGGUCCACUACGCUCCCCUGGUGGAGAUCAUCACCUCCCACGCCGUCCCUCAGGAGGGCCAGGACCUGAAGCUGGAGUGCGUCUCCAAGGGAAACCCAUCGCCGGAUCCUGUGUUGUGGACAAAGGACGGCGGUGAACUCCCCGACCUGAACAGGAUGAUCGUGGAGGGGAGAGAGCUCACCUUUACUUCACUCAACAAGACGGACAACGGCACCUACCGCUGCGAAGCCAGCAACCACCUGGGGACGAGCAGCGCCGAGUACGUCCUCUACGUCUACGACGCCCCCACCACCCCGCCUCCAUCCACCACCCCCCCCCUACAUCCCAUCCCUCCAGAUCCUACUGCUCCAUUAAGCUCCCACGCUUCCGACCCCACCGUCACGGGCGGCAGAGAUCCCAACGCUCUGGGCCAACACGGCACCGACCACGCCCUGAUCGGAGGAGUGGUGGCCGUCGUCGUCUUCGUCACGCUGUGUUUAAUCAUCGUCCUGGGAAGAUACUUGGCCAGGCAUAAAGGAACGUAUUUGACGAACGAAGCCAAAGGAGCGGACGACGCACCCGACGCCGACACAGCCAUCAUCAACGCCGAGGGCAACCACGCGCACGCAGAAGAAAAGAAAGAAUACUUCAUUUAGACUGUAGAGGGAGCUGAGCAGCCCCCCCACCCUCCUCCUCCAGUCUAGGUGUCUCUUAUUCCCUCUUUGUCUCCCAUUUUUUCGUCCACUUCCGCCACUGCCCCCUUCGAGUCAGCGAGGAGCUUGCAGGCAGAGAGGUCCCCUGAGCAUCUUUCCCCCUUUAUUCCCUUGUGUUCGGCCCAUUUCUCCCCGUUAUAAACUGUACAUCCAUCCUCCAUUUCCCUCCUCGUCGUUUCUCGGCUGAUGUUCCUUCUGUCGAAGGCGGCCGGCUGCCGCCGCCGACGCCGCCGUCUCCUUCAUGACACGUCCCUCGUCUUUUGAGAAAUCUGUGUAUCUGCUGUCGGCUUCUUACAUGAGUCCUCGUCCGCCUCGUCCUCCCUCGUUCCCUCCGAACAGACACGCAGACACAUGUCGUUUCCCAUGUUCACACAUGUCCACAGACACAUAUCAUAUCUCACAUCAACACGGUGCCUAAAAAACACAGACGCCAUUGAACUUGUGUUAAUGCCUUCAUGUACCGUCUGUCAGUAGCAGUGUAAAUGCUUCGUAGACCAUUUCAUUGCUUAGCUCACAGCUUUUUUUUUUUUUGAUUAUGCAUCGCAACUUCUUUUUUUAUUUGAAUGAAGAUCUGUGCUGUUUACGCCUUAUACAUGUCUGUCACUCUAUACAUGGUACUUUUUGGUAACACUUUACAAUAAGGGUCCCUUAAUU